AUGGCCGAAGCUACGGAACCGACCGUGGACUGCAACCUGCCGGAGUUGCUGGCCCAGGACCUCGAGUUUUCGAGCCUCAUCUUUGCCGCCAAGAACAUGACGGCCGGCGCGCCCUCUCCCGCCCUCGCGUCCGACGAAGAUGACUGGCACGGCGGUGCCGAGCCCCCGGCCGUCCUCGGCGCGCCCUGCCACCCCAACAGCGUGCCGCAGUUCCAACCGCUGGGCGCCAUUGACGAGAAGAGCUCCGCCAGCGGGGCGAGCGAGCACGACAUAUCCGACGACGCCUCGAGUUCGAGCGGCGACUCCUUCAGCAUGGCCGGCAACGACGUCGAAGAUGACGCUGCCGAGUCGCCGCACAUCCGCCAACAGUCCGUCCUGACCGCCGACACCAACCUGUCCGUCUCGAGCCAGCCCGCACCGACGGUCUCCUCGCAGAAGCGCGUCGUCUCCUUUGGGGCCGGUGUCGAGGGCAGCCCGAGGAGCUGGAUUGACUUUGAGCCCGAGGCCCCCGUCGAUCACCCCGAACUCGGCAAGAGCCUGGCGCAGUCGCCCGUCACAACGCCUCUGAAGCCGGUGCGGCCACUAUCCCGAUUGGGAGACCGUUCGAUCAACGAAUCAUCGCCGCAACGGGCCAGAAGCGCCAACGCCGCCGUCACCUCUCGCGGGCUGUCUAACCCGUUUGAGGGCUACACGCGGCCCACCAGCCGUGCGCGGAGUCUGCAUGGGAACCCGACGACGACGGCGGCCGGCAAGGCGCCGUACUCGCACCAAAACCACUCGCUGCACUCUUUCAACCCCGUCGACAUUGCAGUCCCCACCCGCUGCUCGUCCCUGAACCAUCGCGUCUCCUUCACGGACGACGCCCGCAAGGCCAUUGCCACCACCCGCCGUCGUGCGCGUUCGCACGCCUCGGAUCGGUUCGUCGCCCCGGCAGCGGACCGCAGCUCCAUCAUCUCCGACCUCAAGGAGGAACUUGAGCCGUGGUUCCGCUACCUCGACGCAGAUGAUGACGUUGCUCCCCCCGGGGGCCUGGCCCCUCCUCUGCUUGUGACGCCGCGCACAGGCUCCCGCUCCGGCGUCUCGCGGGCGGUCACUACCCCGACGCGGCGGUCCCGUUCCAGUUCCCAGACCCAGACCCGAUCGCGGCCGACGUCCUCCGUGAGCACCUCGUAUACAUGGCUCGAGGACCCCAUCGACAUCCCGCCGCCCCCCUCCGACGACCAGAGCCGCCGCAUUCCCCUACCUCCCAACGUCAUGGAGUCCAUCCGGGUCUCCGUGACAUGCUUCCCCGAGACCAUGCUUCUCUGCUCGAGCCUCUCUAUUGAGACGAUACGCAGCUACUCCCGCAAGGUCCGCCAGCCGCCCCUCGGGUCACUCCGCCCGGAUACGCCCCCGACUUCGCCCAAACGCUGGCGCUGGCUGUCCUCCCGCAAAGCUUCGAAUCACGGUAACGGCGGUGGCGGCGACAACGUCGGUACUAGCAGCGACAACUUAGGCGGUGGUAACAACAACGCCAGCCGCCGCUGCUGCUCCCGCAACUCCUCGAGCGUCGAGCUCCCUACCACCAUAGCCCCCUCGACCACGACCCUCGCCUCGCCCCAGUGGUCCCGCAUCCGCAGCAUUUUCCCCCACGGCUCCGACUACCUGUGCGACGCGCUCUACGCGCACAUAAUCGUGUACAACUACCUCGCACCUAUGGUUAUGAACCUUGGCCACGGCGCCGCGGCGACAGCGAGACCCCUGAGCCCCGGGAGCCCUGCUAGCACGGAGGAACCAAUCCCCAAGAAGGCCGCGACGCUGCUCGGGCUGGAGGGCGGCAGGCACGAAGCCAUCCCUCUGCCGGCGCCUCCGAGGCCGCUGCGGAAGCGGUCGAGCAUGUUCCUCGGUCUGCGCACGGCCUCGCGGCAAUCGACCCAUCCCGCGCCGCCUCUGCCGCCUCUGCCCCCGCUCCCGUCCUUACCACGCGCCACGUCCGCCGCAACGACGUCGGCGCCGUCGGCGCCCGACGUAUCGCUGCGGGAGCUGCAGCUCGGCCUGCACCGGUGCAUCGCGCGGCUCGUCACGACGCUGCGCGCCGAGGGGGCGACCGAAGGCCCCAUUGCGGGCGACGCGGCCAGCGACGUGGACCCGCUCGUGCUACGGUCCCUCUGCGAGAUUGUCCGGUGCUGCGAGGAGGCACUGACGAGUGACUGGUCCAUGUAA